AUGAAGAGGGAGUAUGGUGAAUCUGCAACUGCCUUUGGCUAUUUGAUGUCUGGUAUGGGGCUUGGAGAGUCUGAGUGUUCCCCAGAAGUUUUCCAUUCAGUCCUUGGGGAGCGGUACCCAACUUUUAGCAAGAGGACUCAGCAGGAUGCACAGGAGUUUCUGAUCUGUGUGCUGAAUGAGCUCCAUGAGGCUCUCAAGAAGGUAAGAGUGCAGCUGGGAUGUUUUUGGGGCUGUAGCUGUUUCCUCCUUACAUUUUGUGGUUUAGCACUUCAUGUAAUAAUCACCUAUUCUCCUCUCACAAACUACAAGAUGUGGUUUCUAAAAUUGUCAUAUCCUUCAUUUCAUACCCACAUGCACACAAUAAUUCAUUACAAAAGAAGAUGCAUAACUGGUGCAAAAGAAAACAGAGGGCUUGGGCCUGCCAGUGAAACAUCUCUUAUCAUGCAGUCAUUUGAGGGACAAAUGCGUUACGAUAUUACAUGUAUUACAUGUCUAGAAUGCAAGACUUCCACUGAUAAACCUGAGAUCUUCACUGCCCUUUCCUUGCCCGUUCCUUCUGAGGGCACAUGCUCUCUGCAGACAGAAGGAUCAAGAAGCAAGAUCUUUGUUUUUCUUGCUAGACAGCACUUAAAGACAUUGCUUGAAUGGCAAGGCAACUACAAAAGGAAACUCUUAGCUGACAUCCGCUAUCCACUCAGCAAUUUAGAUCUCUCUCCAGAGUUCCCACUUUUCCACAAGAACCCAGCAUACAGCUUGUGUGCUCCAGUGAACCACUCUGGCUUUCUGGAUGGUGGCCACUACACAGCAUUCUGCAAGCACUCAGUCACCGAAAACUGGUACAGCUUUGAUUCACAGAUCACCAAGAUCCCAAAUUCCUCAGUGCAGACUGACAGCGCUUAUCUCCUAUUCUACACCUGUCAGGCCUUUUCUGCAUCCAAAGAAAGCAACAAGUCAUGAAAAAGCAACAACAGUGAGUACAUCUGCAAUUAGAAUUCAUUGGCAGCAUCAGCUAAAUUCUGUUUCAUCAAUAAACCAGAGCAUUCGUGUUACCUGAUCUGCUUGUGGUAUUGCAGGAAAUAAUUUCUAGAGAGAGGGCUGGAGUUAGAGCUUCCAAGCCUGUUAUGGAAAGCACAUCCACUGUGUCUAAUGUUUGUUUUUCAUGACAAACUUCAUAGAUCCCUCAAAAUAUCAGAAAUGCUGAGCAUACAGAUUUGCUUACCUGAAAAUUCCUCUUUCUCUGUUGGUUAUAUAUGCAUGUAGACAGAUAAAAACUCAGACUGUAAGAUUCAAGAUUUUUGAAUGCCAACCCAAUCAGGAAAGGAAAACUAACCCAAAUCCAGACCACGGAGAUGCACAAAAUUCAGCUAAAACAAUUUCUAAACUAAGUAGUUCUAGGCAAAAC